AUGGUACGAGGCGACAGCUUGCAAACGCUAGCAGGAUACAACAAUGCGAAAAAGAGCUUCCGACGAGGAGGACAUGACGGAAUCUUGACAGAACCAAAAAAAAUCUUUGCCAUGUUUGUUUUACUGGUGAUCUUGGCCAUCACUGAAUCCAUGAGAUCCACUGUUGCAGUUCUGUACCACAAUCAUCACCCUCAGGACUUAGGUUCCGCCGCCGAAGAAGCGAAACCGAUAAUACGAAAGCAGCAAUGUCCAGUUGGAAUUUUCAACAAUGAUACGAAACAUAUGGACGUCAAUCCGGAAUGCCAUCCUAAUUCUCAGAAACUCUUGUCCAUGGAACGAGUACCUACCACCAAAAAGAUUACCUUCAUGUUGAUUUACUACAACGAUCAUCACCACCUGGCCCAUCAAUUACAAUCUUGGAAGAAUUUCUCUCAAAUGGCCUUAGAUCAGAUGCAAUUCUUGAUUGUGGAUGACGGGAGUGCUCCUGGCCACACGGCCAAAGAAUUUCUUCAGGCCAACUAUGAGUAUGCGGAAUCCAUGGACAUUGUCAUUUAUGGCAUUGAACAAGAUUUGACGUGGAACAUUGGGGGUGCGCGUAACCUGGGAUUCUGGAUGGCCAAUACGGAAUGGAUAUUUAUGAGCGAUGGGGACAUUCAAGUCUCUCGUGAAACCAUGGACUAUGUGGUCAGCCUGACCAACCAGAAGGUGGAUAAUUUUCCGGGCAACGAGACGGAUCCUGCCACUCAAUAUGUAAUGAAUGUCUUUGUCAUGUUCCAACGGUAUCGUCCGAGUGGAUUUAAACCACAUCCUGCUGUUAUGCUAUUACCAAAGGCUUCUUAUUGGUAUGUAGGAGGCUGCGAUGAAGAUUUUGUGGGGUCCUAUGGGUACACGGAUCCUCACUUUCGAUACAAAGUCGAAGUGGAUCCUACCCUUCACUUGAUCAAUGCCUAUCCCGACAUGGACGAACAAAAAGUUCCGCCUCUUGUGGAAAUGGCCGACGACAUUGGAUGUCCCAAAGAGGUUCAAUGCCUUCCAGCCUAUUCAGGGUUCAAGCCUCCAAGAGAAAUUACGAAAAAUCAAAAGAAAUUCUUUGCGAAACGAGACAAGGGACUAUGGUCCCACAAAGUCUUUCGAUACACUUGGCAUUAUGUGUCAUGGAAGAAAUCAUGGUGGAGUUGGCUAGUUUCUUCUUGA